AUGCUCGGGGAUAUCUUCUCCGCGCUCGGCCCGCUAGAGGGCUGCAAGCUCAUUCGCAAGGACAAGUCGUCGUACGGGUUUGUGGAUUUCUACGACCAUCGAUCGGCGCAGGCAGCGCUGAUCACACUUAACGGCCGCCUCCUGUUCGGGCAGCCGAUCAAGGUGAACUGGGCGUAUGCCAGCACUAACCGCGAAGACACCUCAACGCAUGUGAACAUAUUCGUGGGCGACCUGGGUCCAGAGGUCACAGACGCCUCACUCUUUGCCGCGUUCAGCACCUUCCCCAGUUGCUCGGACGCGCGGGUCAUGUGGGACCAUCGCACAGGGCGCUCAAGAGGUUAUGGCUUUGUGUCCUUUCGCAGCCAACUGGAUGCAGAGGCAGCAAUAGCAGAGAUGACAGGCAAGUGGGUGGGCACACGGCCUAUUCGAUGCAACUGGGCCACCAAGAAUCAAGCCAUGGAUGAUGCUUCCAAGCAGCACCAGCAGCAGCAACAGCCAGUGGUGGUGUUGCCACAACAGCAGCAGCAGCAGCAGCAUGCGCAACAACAGGCGGCGUCGCAACAAGCGGUGUUGCAGUCAGGGCCGGAGGGUGCAGACGGAGGGGCGAAUGGCUCAGUCAAGCACGAGCCGAAAGACAAUGAGUCACAAGGAGCAGCACCAGGGGUGGCUGCAGCCGCUGCUGCUGCAGGAGCCCCGGGCACUGUCGCAGCCGCUGCUGCUGCCGGUGCGGUUGCUGCUGCUGCGGGGGCUGGGGGGCCUGGUACGACGAGCAGUGCACAGUUCACAACCGUUUAUGUGGGCAACUUGGCCUCAGAGGUGUCGCAGACGGAGCUGCACCGGCAGUUCUACGCGCUGGGAGUGGGCAUCAUAGAGGAGGUGCGCGUGCAGCGCGACAAGGGCUUUGGCUUUGUGCGCUACCGCACACACGAGGAGGCUGCUGCUGCCAUCCAGGCUGCCAAUGGUCGCGUCAUCUGUGGGAAAUCCGUCAAGUGCUCCUGGGGCAGCAAGCCCACGCCCCCUUCCGCCACCACAACCCCUGGCGGCCUCCCCCCACCGCCCCCCGCCCCCCCUGCCUACACCGCCCCUGCUGGCGCCUUUGGCGGCCCGUCUGCAGCUGACCUGCUGGCAUACCAGCGCUUGCGUGCCCUCAUGCCCCCUGCCGCACAAGCAGGCGCCAUGCCCAUGGGUAUGGGCAUGGGCAUGGGCAUGGCUGGGGGGGGAAUGGCGGGCAUGGGGGGAAUGGGGGGAAUGGCUGGGAUGGGGGGGAUGGGGCCUGGGAUGGGGGGGAUGGGGCCGGGUAUGGGGGGGAUGGGGGGGAUGGGAGGAGGUAUGGGGCCGGGAGGGGUGGGGCCAGGAAUGGGGGCAGGGGGAAUGGGGGGUGCGGCAGGGGGAGUGCCUGGGGUGGGAGGUGGAGGGGCAGGGUACGAUGCGUAUCGGGCAGGAUCGGGAAAUAAGUUCUCGACCUACGUUCGGCGCUUCGCAGCGAUGUGGUCGGCAGCAGCGGCGCCGGCGGGGCCGCGAGGGCCACUGGUGACGUUCGGCGAUCUGGUGGGCGAUCUGACGGCGGAGGAGACGCGCGAGCGCGUCGAUCGCGGAGACUUCGACGACAGUGAGGGAGGGAUUCAAGAAAGGGGUAAGCUGCGGCAUCGGCGGCGGCGACGGCCGCAGCAGCAGCAACUGAGAGGGGAGAGCGGUGAUGGCAUCGCUGGUUCCUCCGCGCCGUCGUUGCUGCCGCGCCCUGCCUCUCCUCCGGUCGUCCUGCCCGCAUCGCCGCAUGCAGCGCGCGCUUCCCACGUCACGCGCCACAUGCUGCUCUCUUCCUUCGAGGCAUCGUUGGACGACUUCCGCUCGUCGCUCUCGGAGCCCGGCCAUGCAUGGACGCGCUUCACCGCGCAGCAUCACCCAUGGAAACGCGCACAGGCUGCCACACCUGCUUCUCUCGCCUCCAUCCCUUCCACCUCCUCCCUCUCCUCCGCUAUAAAAAUCUUCCCUUCCCUUCCUCCAUCCCUCCUUCCCUCCCCUCUCAUCUCACUCCCUCCCCUCCCCCUCCUCCCCCGCUCCCCCCUCCAGAUGUGUGCAGCCCUGUCCUCCGCGGACCAUCUCCUCCUCUCUGCGCGCUCCUCCCUCACCUCCCUCGCAGCCACUCUCCUGCGCCUGCGCCUCCUCGCCUCCCGAGCUGCCUCCGCGCUCUCCCUGCUCCGCUCCGCCCUGCACUCCUCCUCCUCCACCAUCUCCCCUCCCCUCCCCCACUCUGAUACCCCCGCCUCCGCCUCUUCCCCCUCUCACUCCUCCUCUGCAGUCCCUCUUGCCGUCCCUCCUCCUCGCUCUCUGCUUGCCCAGCACCCGUAUUUGCCACAGAGUGUGGGGGAUGAGGUGCCACAGGGUCAAGAGAGGGGGCAGUACAUGCAUCGAGAGGGGGUUCUAGGGGGUGCCGCUGGGGAUUAUGAUUCAUCUGCUGCCGCCGCCACCUCUUUUGCUGCUGCUCUUCCUCCUCCUUACCACUCCGUACCACCACACCCGGUGCCCUCUCCUGCACCUCCGCCUGCCACCAUUGCCCCUCCAUCCGUCCCAGCGCCCCCUCAACCUGUCCCCAUUGCACAUCCCGCCUCCUCCUCCUCUGCCUCUGUAUCCCUCACCGCGGCUCACACCCCCACCAUCCCCGCUGCUGCACACAGUGUCUCCCCUGCAGCAUUUGAUCCUUCCGAACUUUAUCUUGCUCCUCCCCCAGUGCCCCCUCCCGCACACUUCCCCGCUCACUCUCUCCCACCAACCGCUCCCCUUUCUGACUUCAACACUGCCUUUCCCCCCACCAUGGGUGCACCCGCUGCGUCUGCUGCUGCUGCUGCGGCUGCUGCUCCUCCUGCUGCUGCUGCUGCGCCCCCACCAAUGGCUGCACCCUCCUCUGCCCCUCCCACAGCCCUGACACAUGAUGCCACCAUGCAUGUCUCGCUUCAGCCUCUUCCUCCCUCCAUGCCUCCCUCUCUCCCACCUUCCAUGCCCCCUUCUCUCGCUCCCUCCAUGCCUCUUCCUGCUCCCUCUUCUUCCCUUUCACCUCCUAACCCUACUCUUGCUCCUCCCCUCUCUGCCCCUCCCCUCUCCGCUCCUCCCCUCUCUGCCCCUCCCCUGUCUGCUCCUCCCCUUUCUGCCCCUCCCCUCUCUGCCCCUCCCCUCUCUGCCCCUCCCCUCUCUGCCCCUCCCCUCUCUGCCCCUCCCCUCUCUGCCCCUCCCCUCUCUGCCCCUCCUCUCUCUGCCCCUCCCCUCUCUGCUCCUCCCCUCUCUGCUCCGCCCUCUGCCCCUCCAGUUUCCUCAGACCAAGCUGCCCCCCCUUCUGCUCCUCCAGUUGCCCCGCUUGCCGCCCCUCCCAUCGUUCCACUUUUUUCCGCUCCUACUGCCCCCGCAUUUUUCAAUCCAUCUGCCCGGGCUGCCCGACCCAAGCCACCGAAGUUCUUUGUUCCCACUGCCCCAUGA